AUCCACUCCAUCUCUACGGUACGUGAGUUCCACUUACUUGUAACAGAAAAGGGUAUAACGACAACACCCCGAUUUCUUUCACAAGACUUGUCCUCUUACCUUCCUUCUUCAUUCUAUAGUCGUCGAAAAUUCUUGAAAGCAUGAACUACACUAAAUACUCCAAGGUGGAACAAGAGUCGAGCGACUCAUCGAAACGAGGAAGCCAAGAUGACAGCUUCUCCGACAAUGAGAGCGGUCUGCCCUUGAGCCAGCAGCCAAGAAGUCUCGCGACUAGACUCUUCCAUGUAGCAAAGCGCACCUGGUGGCUCGUUGGCCCUUUCCUCUGGCUUCUCUCCCUCGUCGUUACCUGGACGAUCGCCUCAGCUGCCACAAAAUCGCCCUACGACAUAUCGCGUGGGCUAGAUACAGAACUAGAACCUCUCAAGUCACAAAUUGAAAUGUACACAACAACCUUCUCCAGUGAUUUGGACUGGGACGAGAAUGGGAUACUCCAGCGCGUCUCUCGGCCCGGAUCAAAGCAGUUCGUGGGUGACCCAAGCCCUGAAAUCGAUGCGAAUUGGGAGCACAUCACAAACGGUAAGUGCCUCUCUUAUGUGAUAGUUAACGGCCAAGUGAUUCUAAUGCGAUCGCGAAGGUGUGGUCAUCGACCUCAAAGGCAAAGACGCCCAGACGGUCAUAGGAAAGACGUACCAAAAGCCAGAUGGAUCAUGGUACGUGGGCAUCGAAGCUUUCCAUCAACUACAUUGUCUCAACAUGGUCCGCAAGGCGCUGCAUGUUGAUUACUAUGGCAUCAAUGAGGAGGAUCCUCAUCCCCACAAGAUGCACAUUGAGCACUGCAUAGACGCUCUACGAGAGUCCAUCAUGUGCAGAGCGGAACUGACCUUCAUUCCUAUGGAGUUCAAUACCAAGUAUCGCACGGGGCGACCUGCCUUCGUUGCCAAGGAGCAUACGUGUAGAAAUUUCGAAAAGAUCUUGGACUGGGCUCACCAAUACCCGAUUAACGAAACACUCUAUGUUUUAGACGAUGGAAGUGAAGGUGAUGGCAACAUACAUUUUGAUGGAGACAUAGGCCAUGGAUUUCACGGCGGUAGCCACGGUGGUUAAGGCUCAGUUAGGACCUAUCGAUAUGGUUUUAGAGUAUUCUGCUAUACUACUAUAUCGAUCCUCCUUGAAGGAAGUUUCUAUGCAUAUUCCAUAAUUUGAAACAGAUAAUGAGUUUGAACUUCCAUCAGUUACC